CUCUAGUCAGCAUCUGUAAAUGUAAACAAAAGUCAUUUGUGGUCAACUGACUCCUGAGGAAAUUGUCAAGUCAAAUUGUUCAUGAUGGAAGAGACUGAAUGCAUAAAAAAGGACGUAGAAUUGGUAGAUGGAUGUGAACAGCUUAAAGGAGAAGAACUACCAUGGGUACCAUUAUUUUCCCAGAAGUACACGAAUUACAAAGGCUUGGUAAAUACCCUGGCGGACGCUAAAGAAAUUCUUCGAAGGCUCGAAGUAUCAACAUGUACCAAGUAUGCUGUGUGGAAUACGAACAAAAAGAAUUUUGGAAUGACAGAAUUUUCACCAUUCUCAAGACCCUUCAGAAUCUUCUGGGGUCCAGAUCUCGUCCCAUAUGUUAUGUUAAACAGAAAAGUGCUAGACUGCCAACAUGGAAGAGAUAGGAAAGUGGCAUGGAAACAGAGGCAGAGAGCUAUAAAAAUGUUAGGUGAUGAAGAAGGAAAGCCAAGGAUCAAGAGACGAAAGAAGGAUCCAAAUUUAAAGUCACAGAGUGUCAUUGAGAAUGGGGCUGUCGUUGAUUUGGGAAACUGGACAAAGAAAUAUGAUUGUCCAGCUCAAGUGAUUUUCCAAGAAAUUCUCAGGUUUCCUGAAUAUAAGCUUACAAAAAAAUACAAAAAUGGACCGAAAUCAAGACUGUAAGGAUUCUGAGAAAGGAUUUGAAGGCUAUGAAUGACAUAACGUGCAUUCGAGGAUUUAUUGUCACAGUACCAGAAGAUAGCCAUCAUCAGAACCAUGUCAUUGGUCUUGGUGUUGGUGUAUGGCGGGAGCUCAACCCUCAGCUUCUAAAUUGGAUACAGUCAAUGGUGGGUCAAGGACUUACGAGUGUUGCUAAAAUGAGAAAGAGUUUACGUCACCUUGUUAAGGAGAAUUUUCCCAAUGUUGAUACAAAUAACACCCACUUCUAUCCUCCAGCAAAAACAAUAGCUUAUUACAUGCAUCUAGUUAGAAUGCGUCUUCUUGGCACCAAAGAUGAUCCCAAAGAUCUAGAGCCUCAAAAAGGAAGAUUUAGGAAAGAAAAAGAUGAGGAACUGUGCGAUUAUUUUCUUCUACCAACGAGGAAGUCCCUUACACCAUUUGAUGAA